GCACACCGUUCCGCUUUAUUCGUUUCUUUCUUUCUCUCAAUUUCAAUAGGUGUGUACGGUUUCAAUUCACGGAGUGUAUGUUUAGUCAUCACCACUGUGUAUCAAUUGAUUUUUUAUAGAUUCGUGGAUUCUUCCAGAAGGAUGUCGACUGCCUGCAGCGAUAAGUCGUCGUCGACGGCGGCAGUUACCGGCGGCGGUUUCGGAGGAGAAAUCAUGUUGUUUGGUGUGAGAGUUAAAGUGGAUCCUAUGAGGAAGAGCGUGAGUCUGAACAAUCUCUCACAGUACGAGCAACCGAAUGCUAACAACAACAACGGUGAUAACAAUGAAUCCUCUAAAGUGGCUCAUGACGAAGUUUAUGCCUCUGCAGAUGACGCUGUUCAACACCAGUCCAACUGUGGUCGCGAGCGCAAGCGAGGAGUUCCGUGGACGGAGGAAGAGCACAAGUUAUUCCUUUUAGGAUUGCAGAAAGUGGGAAAAGGAGACUGGAGAGGAAUCUCUCGUAACUUUGUAAAGACUCGUACACCGACACAGGUUGCAAGUCACGCUCAGAAGUACUUCCUCAGGCGAAGCAACCUCAACCGUCGCCGCCGCCGAUCUAGCCUCUUUGAUAUCACAACUGACUCGGUAUCAGUAAUGCUAAUAGAAGAGGGGGAAAAUAAGCAAGAAAUCCCAGUUGUAGCACCGGCAACAUUACCUACUGUAGAAACUACCAAAACCAAUGCAUUUCCGGUGGCAACGGCUGUUGAUCCUAUCAUGUUUCCAGCACAGAUUGAUAAGUCAAGAGAUAAUCCAACUCUGUUGCGAUGCGAUCAUGGGAAUUCAUCAACGCUGGUUGGUCCUGUUCCUAUGUUUUCAAUGCCCAAUGCAUCAACAGUGAUUGACCUUAAUGCGAACCACAACUCAACAAUUGAGCCAUCUUCAUUAUCACUGAGAUUAUCCUUGUCACUUGAUCAGGGACAAACAUCAUCUACUAGACACUCGGCUUAUAAAAUGAUGUCAAGUUUCAGUAAUGGAGAAAGCAUCAUCCGUGUGGCAUGAGGUCAAAGGAUCUCUGGAGAAAAAAAUAGGACAAGAGUGAGUAAGCUAGGGUUCAUAAUUAUAUUAAUCUUAUAUAUUGAGAAAAAGUUUAAGGAGAUAUCCAUGUGAUUAAUUGACUAGACUUUUGGUCCUGGUUUGUACAAGACCAGAAAUAUGUCAUGCCCUGUUUAAUGCUACUCGUAUUUAUAACAUCA